ACACCCUGCCAGUGGGUGUGUGUACUCACACAGCGCCGAGGCGCACCAGCGAGCAGCCCACACACUUGUCACGGAUCCCCGGGAUUAGCUCGCUGCUCUCCCCGGCCCCCGGAGCUCCCUCGCCGGCUUCCCCCUCACUCUCCUUCGGCAGGAAGAACAAUCUACGCAUCGCCCUGUGCUGUUCGUGUUACAACGACCAAUUUAUGAAAACACUCUUAUAGACAUCACACAUGGGACGGUUGAGAUUCUCUGCGGAAGCCUGGACAACAAUGUGAAUUUGGAACCACGUUGUGGAUGUGAAAGAAGCGGGCCGCCAACUCCACGCUCUGCUCAACUGAUUCUGCCACCUUUGCCGAGUGGAACCCGAAUGAGCGAUGGAAGUCCCGGAUGACAUGAACCUCUCCUUCCUGCUGGAGCACGAGCGAGACACCAUCCUGAAGGUGCUGCAGAAAGACGAGAAGCUGAGGAAGCGAGAGGAGAAGAGAAUACGGAAGUUAAAGAACGAGCUGCUGGAGAUCAAACGCAAAGGUUCUCGUAGCGCACCGCGAGAGUCCGGGGAGCGUCAGUGCGGCCGGUGUCUCAAGACGCUGGGCCUGAUCUUUGACCGCGGCGAGCUCUGCGAUGAGUGUGGGCUGCGGGUGUGCAGCGAGUGCCGCGUGUCCGCCACCAAGCGGCGCGAAUGGAGGUGCAACGUGUGUGCUAAGAUCUCAGAGCUGAAGGUGGUGACAGGAGAAUGGUUCCUGGAGGAGCGAUCCAAGCGCUUCGAGCACAAACUGUUGAGCAGUGACGUGGUUAAGCAAACAAUCCUGAGCAGCCCGACUGCUACAGUGGAUAAAAAGUCUGCUGACAACUUGUCUCUCCGUCCUGAGUCGGGGAGGUCCGAUACACCAAAGUCCAGCAGGAGCUCCAAACAUCUUGUAGAUGGACUGAGAAAAAGAGGGAGGAUGAAGACGGACAAAGUCGGCAGCAGGCCUCUGAGGUCGGAGAACGGCUUCGAGGGCCUCAAUGUCAAGUCCGCCUCAGACGGUGACGCUCACAGCGUGCGAAGCGUUCACUCCGCUCCGAGUCAACACACAAAUAGACUCACCCAGACUCUGCAUCCAGUGGCCCCCAGCGGAAGCAUGGCGGCUUUCAACUCCUACGGGACACCGACCGCACUAAACAACAAUCGGCGUUCCCAAACUCCCGACAGAUCUUCCACUUGCAGUAGCAACCGGCGGUUCAGGCAGCCUGAUGGAGCUGAGAGCGUUUACAGCUUCCACUCCAGCAGCAGCGCACCUGAGAGUAAAACUGCAGGGAAUGAUGGGAAGAGCUCCGGUGCUCCCACCAUUUCUGUGUCUAGAGCUUCAGUGUCAUCAGAUCACAGUCGUUCAGAAAUGGACCUGUCAGCCGCUGGUUCUGAAGCCAGCGAUGAUGCCUUCAGUUUCAGAAGCCGCUCUGUCCUCGGCCUCAAUGACACAGAGUUCUGUGACCAGGAUGCGGAGGAAGACAUCGACGCCCUGAUGUCGGCUCACAGCCAGACGGCCGGCCACCGCCUCAACAACACUGUGUCGAUGCCUUCCACUCCUGCCUCAGAGAGGUGGGGCUUCCUCAAUAUCCCCGACUCAGACGCUGAGACAAGCAGCAUCAGCAGCAUGAUGAGUAUGUACAGCGAGACGGGUGACUAUGGCAACGCCCGGGUGAGUGGCGAGAUCCUGUUGAACAUCAGCUACAGCUACAAGACGGGCGCUUUAAACGUGAUGGUCAAAGAGUGCCACAACCUGGCUACGGGGGAUGAGAGGAGGCAACGCACUGACGCCUACGUGAAGACGUACCUGCUCCCAGACAUGUCACGACAGAGCAAGAGGAAGACGAGCGUCAAGGCCAACAGCAUCAAUCCUGUCUUUAAUGAGAACCUGAGGUAUGUGAUCAGCCACUCUCAGCUGGAAACGCGCACUUUGCAAGUGUCCGUGUGGCAUCACGACCGAUUCGGCCACAACAGCUUCCUUGGAGAAGUGGAGCUGACCUUUGAUUCCUGGGAGUUCGAUUCCCAAAUAGACGAGUGGUUCGCUCUGCAGCCCAAGCUGGAGAGCGGCAUGGACGACGGCAUGCAGUACAAAGGGGAGCUGACUGUGGUGUUGAAGUACAUUCCUGCUGAGAAGAACCUUAUGCUGCCUCUGGACCAAGUACAAGUGAAGAAAGGAUUCCUGAAAGGCAAGAAGAAGAGCAGCUUCACACCACCACAAGGGGGCAUGGUUGAGCUGCUCGUCAAAGGGGCCAAAAAUCUUACUGCUGUCAAGUCUGGAGGCACUUCGGAUCCUUUUGUCAAAGGAUACCUUCUUCCCGACAACAACAAGUCCACCAAGCACAAGACGGCGGUGGAGCGGCGCACGGUCAACCCGGAGUGGAAGCACACCUUCACCUACUGUGGUCUGCAGCCAGGAGAUCUCAACAAUGUUUGUCUGGAGCUCACUGUGUGGGACAAGGAGGCCUUGGCUAGUAAUGUCUUCUUGGGAGGAGUCAGGCUGGGAGCUGGCACAGGCACAAGUUACGGUAACGAGGUGGACUGGAUGGACUCAUACGGGGAGGAGCAGCGUCUGUGGCAGCGCAUGAUUGAGAAUCCUGAAGUCCCUCAGGAGUGUACGCUGAUGCUGAGGUCCACCAUGAGGAAGACCUCCUCAUGAUCCGGAAGAUCAUCUUUUCACUUUUCCAGAAAACAACCAGUCAUGCCUUUUUAAACCUCUGAUUACUGCCAACAACCCACUUCCAAUAAGCACAUUAUUUUUGCGCCUGAAUCAUUUUAGCAUGUAGCUAACUACAGCCAACACACUUUUUUUAUCCUAUAAAACAAGACGUAAGACAAAGCACUGAUAAAUGGCGGCAGAGACCCCUUUCGUCCCCACGUGAGCUCUUUUUGCCGUGAAGCACAUUCUCGCGAGUACAAUGAAUGUUUAUUUUAUUUUAGCAUUAGUUUGCUAGCGAGCUAACAGCAGUCACCAUAAGAGAUGUCCGAUAAUCUCGGACUGCCGAUAUUAUCGGCCGAUAAAUGCUUUAAAAUGUGAUAUCGGAAAUUAUCGGUAUGUGUUUCAAAAACUAAAAUGUAUGAGUUUUUAAAACGCCACUGUGUAGAGAGAAGUACAACGCGCCAAUAAACCUUAAAGGCACUGCCUUUGCGUGCCGGCCCAUUAACAUAUCUACGGCUUUUAACACACACAAGUGAAUGCAGAGCAUACUUGUUCAACAGCCAUACAGGUCACACUGAGGGUGGCCGUGUAAACAAAUUUAACACUUACAAAUAUGUACCACACUGUGAACCCACACCAAACAAGAAUGACAAACACAUUUCGGGAGAACAUUCGCACCGUAACACAACAUCAGAGCCUGUUGCAGCACUAACUCUUCCAGGACGCUACAAUAUACAACCCCCGCAAACUCUUACCCUCACCACCUCAACCCCGCCCACCUCAACCUCCACAUGCUCUCUUAGGGAGAGCAUGUCCCAAAUUCCAAGCUACUGUUUUGAGGCAUGUUAAAAAAACUAAUGCUAUUUGUGACUUCAGUAUUAAAUAUGUCAGUGCCAUGUUGGCAUUUUUUUCCAUAACUUGACUUGAUUUUUUUGGAAAACCUUGUUGCAUUUUUUAAUGCAUCCAGCGGGGCAUCACAACAAAAUUAGACAUAAUAAUAUGUUAAUUCCACAACUGUACAUAUCGGUAUCGGUUGAUAUCGGAAUCGGUAAUUAAGAGUUGGACAAUAUCGGAUAUCGGCAAAAAAAAACAUUAUCGGACAUCUCUAGUCCCCAUUGUUAAAAUGAUAGUAUAAAGGUAUAAUAAAGCACCCCAGAUAGCUUGUUCGUACCAAAGUUGUAAAAUGAAUCCACUCAUCUGUGUUGUCGUCAUCAGCAUGUUAGCAUGCUAACGUUAGCAUUUAUCUCCAAGCGCCACCGUGCCUACACGCACAACCUCAACCGCUAGCUAGCAUGAUUUAUGAACCGUUAAAAAAUUAUUUGAUAGUGCGUUCGCUUUCCAUGCCUGCUGCUUGCAUAGGAAAUUUAGGGGAAAAAAGUAAUUAAAAUCCAGCUUCAAUGUGAAUUAGGUAACACUGCAUCAGUGUGCUGAGUCAGCAGCACGGCGGUAGAGGUAACAAGAACAAGUUCCGCACUGAUAAUGACGUCGUUAUUUCACUGCAUCUGCAAAAACCUGCCUCCUGUUAAGACACAAUUGCCAAUAUCGUGUGUGUGUAAAACACAACUAAUAAUAAUAAUAAUAAUGAUAAUUAAACAUGGUUUUAGAUGAGAAGUUUGUGCAAUACCUGACUACUAACUUUUGAUGUACAGCAUGUGUUUACUUGUGUCCGCUCGACUCAUGUCCAACCUAUUUUAUCUCCUGGCAGAAGUAUUUUGAAAUUAAAAGGAAAACAUUUACACCAAUCGAUUGUUUUUUGUUUCGGUUUAAAAAAAAACAAAAAAUGAGAAUGUUCAACAAAAAUUUUUGGGGAUAUGCUGGUCAGAGAUCUUCUAAAUGACAGAAGCACUCUGCUGUUUUUAGAGAUGUACUAUAGCACAGAAGCACUCUUGAAGAUUUCAAGGAUGUACUGCAAAAAAAACGCUGAUCAAAGAUCUUUUAUAUAAAAGGAUUGCGUUUUUUGUUUUUAAGAAUCUACUACACUGGUUACAGAUCUUCUGUAUGACAGGAGUACUCUGAUGUUCUUUAAGAUUGUCCUUCAAAAAAAUUCAAACACUAGUCAAAGAUCCUCUAUAUGUUAAAAACAAACACUCGUCGAAGAUGCUCUAUAUAACAAGCGCGCUCUGUUUAUAAAACAAAAACUGUAGUCAAUCAUCCUCUAUGUGACAAGAGCACACUGAGGUUUAACAAAAAAACUUUAGUCAAAAAUCCUCUCUAUGACAAGAG